AUAUUUCCUUAAAUUUUUUUUCUUUGUUAUUAUAUUCCUUCAGAUUUUCUUUUGUUCUGUCAUCAGUUGUGGUCGGAAACCUCCGAUCCGCUGCUUUAAUAAGCGCGAUACCGGAAGUUAUGAGCGAUCACCUGGUUUUGUAUGUGGACCGUCUGGUGAGGCCAGUGCCUUUACAGCAGCUGGAGUCGGAGAUUGGUCCCUCGACGGAGAUUUCGGGGUCGUCGUGCUCACCAGGGGAGAAGGAGAAGGAGAAGGAGAAGGAGGUUGUCCGAGGAGGUGAGGAGGACGAGGAGGAGCCGCUGAUUCAGGCAGCGGAGUGCCGCAUUUGUCAGGAGGAAGAUUCCAUUAAGAAUCUUGAGACUCCUUGUGCCUGCAGUGGCAGCCUCAAGUAUGCCCAUAGGAAGUGCGUGCAGCACUGGUGCAAUGAGAAAGGAGAUAUAAUUUGCGAGAUAUGUCAUCAGCCUUAUCAACACGGUUAUACUGCUCCAUCUCGCCCUCAAGCUGAAGAAACCGCUAUUGAUAUUGGUGGAGGAUGGACAAUCUCUGGCACCUCGCUGGAUUUGCAUGAUCCUCGCCUCUUGGCCAUUGCAGAGGCAGAACGCCAAUUUUUGGAAACUGAGUAUGAUGAAUAUGCUGCAUCAAAUGCCAGUGGAGCUGCAUUUUGUCGUUCAGCUGCUCUAAUUUUAAUGGCACUUCUUCUAUUGCGGCAUGCAUUGACUGUACCAGAUGCUGAUACAGAAGAUGAUGUGUCUACUUUUUUCUCUCUUUUCUUAUUUCGAGCUGCUGGAUUUCUCUUGCCAUGCUACAUCAUGGCUUGGGCCAUCAGUAUAUUACAGCGACGAAGGCAAAGACAGGAAGCAGCAGCAUUGGCUGCAACACAAGUUGCUUUUGUCCUACAAUCUGGGCAACGCAGAGGUUUGCAUUUUACCAUAGCAUCAGGACCUGCAGUGACUCCCCACCAGGAAAGUGUUUGACUUAUUGGAGACCUGAAGUCCUGCACUGACACUAUAUUGGUAGUCGACGAACAAGUGAGAAUGGCUCCCCUGUCAGUAAACUAGAAAUGUUUUAUUUUUUAUCCCAAAUAGAUAGUUGAGAAAGAUUUCAAGCUCUACUAUUUUCUGUUUCAAUGAAUUGUUCAAAAAUUUGGGUGGCUCUUUGUCUUUUCCGUAUCUUGUACCCAUCAUUGUCUAUAUGCAUGUAUGAGCUAUCCGGUUCGUGAAAUAGUGAACUGCUUUCUCUGUCAUUACUGUUAUAGUUCACUCAUCUGUAGUAGCAUCUUUCGUGCCUGUGGUUAAUAGCCAUUAUUGAAAUGCGAAUCCCAUUUCCACAUUUUUAAAAUCCCAAAUGCGCCUCACAGUAUUUAGUGGCAUUCUUUCGUGAGCAUAUAUUCGUACAUGCCCUCGGCCUGAUUAUGAUGUAAGGGAACAAUGUUAAAAGUAAAGGUAGUUUAAGCAUCUGCCUUUUAACAUAUGGUUUUGGUGACAUUCCAUUUUGUAGUUUUUCCUUUUGGAUUCUGUUUCUAGUGCUUGUACACGUAUCGAAAGAUAAGGAAAAAAAAAUCAAGGUUUAGUUCAGUUACUUUAUGAUUUAUCUUCAAAUCUUAAUAUCAUUA